CCGACCAAUCAAAACCGUCUAUUAGCAGUCUAUUCAGUGAACAUGGGACCAACAUGGCCGAUACAACUACGGUAGUGGAGGGGAAAGUGAAAUAUAGGGACGGAAGGAAGUGGAAACAACGAUGGUGCGUGUUAAAAAAGCCAUCUCCAGUCGCUGAUAGAUUACAAGUAUUAUUAUAUAAAGAUGUUAAAGAUGCCAUUAAAGAUGGCAGCAAACCGAAAUCCUGUUUUCCCAUCGAGAGCUUCUUUGGUCUCCAGUCAGGGUUCUCUUACGAUAAGGAGAACAAUGCUUUGGCCAUUAUAUGUCAGAAACAAGUCACAUUAUUUUCGUUUGAAAAUCGAGAAGACUUGAUAAAUUUUGAAAUCAAGAUCCGAAAAAGUUUAGGCGAAGAACGCCAGUUUUCUGUACAAGUUGCCAAAAUGCCAUCACACAGCAAAUUACCUCACGAUUUUAUCCAAAUGUUAAUACAUGGCCAGAAAUUCUGUCUGAUAUCUCAGGUACCACCUAAAAUACUUCAGAGUUGGCAUAUCUCUGAUUUACGACGUUUUGGUACAGUUGAUGGCAAAUUUUUAUUUGAAGGUGGAUCACGUUGCAAUAAAGGUUCUGGUUUACAUGCUGUGAUAUCUGAUCAAAUAAAAGAAAUAGAUGAAAUAAUUAAUCUAGCUAGUGUAGGUAAAACUACUAGUUGUCAUAGAAAUACCAACAAAAGAGGAUCCCAGUUCAGUGAAGCCUUUGAUUCCUUCAACACCUUCAGUAAUUUCUUUAAUAACAACCAGAUGGUAGAUCGUCCUAGCAUGUUGAGCUGCUGCAACGAAAACAACAAUCUCCACGAAGUUGAUGAAAUGGGCUUCCAUAAACGUCACUCCAUUAGUGUCAUGGAUUAUCGUAGAAUGGCAAGCUUGACAGAAAAGUUUAAACUCAUGAGUAUGGAAAAUCUAGAAAGACAGAGAAUGUUAGCCAUGUAUGAUAUUCCACCUAAAUAUGCAAGGGAAGUCCGGAAACAGAAGACAGCCCAAACAAGUAGUCCUAAAAAGACAAAUACUAAUCGUUAUUCUGUAUCUUGUUCAGAGCUCAAGGGAGGUAAUGGUGAAUUAUCACGUUUGUUAUCAGAUAGUUUGUCACAGUCAUUUAAUACUCACAUCUACACAAAUACACCUCUACUUAAACCUGAAUUACCAGUUGGUGCUCCUGCAUCACCAAAUCACCAAGAUCCUUCCAGCAACUCUCACUAUAGUCACUGUUACCAGAAAAAUAAACCAUUAACUAUUAAUCCACUAUGUAUAAUAGAAGAUGAAGCAAGAACUGCCUUUGAUAGAUCUAAAAGACAGGAGGCUAUGCAGAGACUUCAGAAACAGGAGAAUGAUCUUCACAAAGAAAUAACUCUCUUGGAUGAAAUUUUACAAGUGUGUAAAACCGAUGAACCACAGGGAGCAACAAGCAAAAAUUCCACAAAUAGCUUAUCAGAAAAAGCUUCUAGUCUCCCAAACAAAGUAAAAAAGGAGUUACGAGGAGAAAACUUCAUGUCCAGUCAAACUUCAAUUUCAUCUUCAUCAGAAGGCUGUGCUAAGUCGUCCUUGAGUCAUUCUGAUUUACUCUAUCCUAAACCAGUGAAAAGAACUAAAAUAUCAGCUCCCCUGCCAUAUGUUAAUCUUUCUCAGUUUGAUGUUGGUGAUGAUAAUGGGCGUGUUCAUUUGAGUAAAGAAGGAUUAGUCACAGGAUCAAGUUCAGGAAGCAUAAAUAAAUCACCAGAUAAAAACCACAGCACACCCAUUAAAAAAUCCUCAGAAUCAUUAUGUUCAUCAUCAUCAGGUGGCUCUCAUACAGCUCUUUAUCCAUCCGAGGCAUGGAUGAGAGAACCCAUAUAUGCAAAUGAGCCAAAUAGAUGUGAAACACCACCACCAGAAUUACCUCCAAAGGGACCAGCAUUGUUGCGCAAAAACAGAUUGAGUAGGAAUUCCACCUCAUUUUCUCAAUCUUCAAAAACUCCUCCUCCUCUUCCGCCAAGUCGAAAUCGUAGUCGAUCUCUUGGCUCACAAACCAAACUCCAGGUUAAUGAUAGUUCACAGACAUUCAACUCAAAGAGUCACUCUUUUGAUCAAGUUGUUCCACUAGCCCAAAAAGCAGGGGUUGAAGAUACUUAUUUGAUGAUGGGAGGCUUCCCUGAUCAACCUAAGGAAAAGAAAAAAUCUAUGGUGUUUGAUAGUCCAGAGGUUAAACAAUUGUCUAAAGGAAAUGCUGAUGUUAUGAAUUGUUAUAUGGACAUGGCAGCAUUUUUCAAGAAUGAUGCAGAAUCCAGAAAAGGUAAAUCUAUUCCGCAGGUGAAAGUGGAAGAGGCCAUCUAUGAUACCAUUGAUGACACCAUUGAUAAUCAGGCAGAACCUGCUUCUAAAGCACCAAUCAGAGAAAGCAACUAUAUGGUGAUGGAAGUUUCUAAAUGCAGAAGAAAAAGUUCCACCUCUAUUGAGGAUCAACAUAGUGCCUCACCAAUUACAAAUAAAUCAAGCAGUCCUUUAUGUAUAAAGAGAAAUUCUGUAAUCCAACGUCUUCAAACUCUCCAGAAUUAUGUUAGCACAACAAAAGCGGGAGAAAUGAAUUCUGGUAAUGGUUCUGUUGUUAUACCCAAACCAACCAUGCCUUUUCAAAACCUCCUGGAAUUCAAACCACAGCAUCUGCAUUCUGCAGGUGUUUAUAUCAAUCCUAUCCAAGAUACUAAUAAUUCAGAAGAGACUUCUCCUGAACCAACUUCCAAGAAAGAAGAAGGUUUUUUGGCACGUUUCAAAAGAAGGAACUCCAAGGAUCAAUCAAAAGCAUCUUUGAGCACCGAAAACCUUAUGACAAAAACAUCUAGAACAAGUCUUUUUGAGAAAAGUUUAUCUGAAGAAGGUGAGUUAGUGGAGAACAGCAGUAGCCCAUUAAAAAUCAGUCGCCAGAGAUCUUCCAGUUUUCCUAACAGAAGAAGCUACCAAGAAGAUGAAACAGAUACCAUAGAGAUUGUGAAUGAUUCAUUAAAAUCUGAUUCCACAAAUGAUGUAUUUUCACAUAGUGAUGAUCCCCCGGACGAGACGUUCUUUAGCUCUUCAUCCAUCAAGUUAAAAACUGGAAGUAAAAAUAACAUUGAUGAUGUAGAAGAACCUAAAAAAGAGAUGCAUGUAUUAACUGUUCUUCAUCUUCAACAUGAUCCUCCAGUUCAGAGCUUUUACAGCCAAUACACCUCCUCUAAAACAGAUGAUGAAAAAAUGAUAGAUUUACUUCAUACUGAUGAUAAAUUACAUAACAAAAAAUUUAAUUAUUCUUUUAUGUCAGAAUUAAAAUCUAAAUUAAGUCUACCAUUAAGUAAAGCAGGAUCAGAGUUACCUACCGAAUGUCAGUCACCAGCAUUACCACCACCACCAGUCUUACCACCUAAAUUUAGAAUGUACCCUACACUAUCUCCUGUAGUAGAAACCACCCCUUCUAGUCCCCUGCCUCCAGCAGAACCCAUAUAUGUAGAAAUGACCGAACCAGCAAUCAAACCUCAAUCUAUGUCAGAAACAGUGCAGCAGCCAGUAGCGCAUCAUUGUAACGAGACCAAUCAACAAGAUGAAGACUAUUGUCAGAAUAUUAAUAUAGAUUAUAGGGAAACGUUUUCAGGUACGUCAGCAUGCCACAUGAAACAUAAGUUUUGGCUAGAGUCCAUGCCAUUUGUUACUUAUAUUGCACCUGCUAUUAAAUAUAGAAGGGUUAGUCUUCAGGUAGUGUAGUUGUUAAAAAUAAAAGAUGGACAGAUUCUGAAAUCGUCCUGAAGUUUUUUUUGUUCAAAAAACAGUUUUGAAGUCCUUUCAAUCAAAUGUUUUUUUGAAAAAAAAAAAAUAAUUAUUGGCUGGAAGAUUGACUGAGAUUGUUAAAUGUUUAAUCAAGAUCUUUCCAAAAUAGUUUACUCUAAGUCUUGUUUUGAGCUCAUGUUUAAGAUUCAGCAGAUUAUUAAUGCAUGGUUUUAUUGGUGUAGGACUGUAGGCCUAUGUUUAUUUACUUCUUGAAGUUUGGAUAAUCU